AUGACCAUGGUAAGAAAAAAACAAGCCGAAAUUGAAAAGAAUAUAGAAAUGAAAGAUGACGAAGAUUUAUUGAGUCUAUUAUUGAAGAGCUUUGCUGCACAAAACUUGUCAGAUGAUGAAAAAUUAUCCAAUGAUGAAUUGGUCAGUGCAAUUUUCAUUAUCUUCUUUGCUGGAUUUGAAACUAGUUCAACAUCUUUGAAUUUCUUUCUGAGAAUAUUGGCAACUCAUCCAGAUGUUCAAGAAAGAUUGAUUGAGGAAAUUGAUUCAAAUAUCAACUCUAUUGAUUCAAUGACUUUUGAAGAUUUAACGGAAAAGCUUCCACUUAUGAAUUCUUUCAUUAAGGAAUCGUUUCGAGUUAAACCAGCCGUUGGAGCUGUAGCAAGAACUGUCUUGAAGAAGGAAGGUGAAUCUAUUGGCAAGAUUCACUUGGAAAAGGGGUCAGUUUUAAUUUGUAACAUGAUGGUUCAUCAUCAACUCUCUCAGAAUACAGCUUUGGAUACCUUCAAAUUUAACAGAUAUUAUCAAGAUCCAACUCUUGAAGAGAAGAUUGACAGGGGAACUAUGGGACAUUUGGCACUCGAUUUUACAAAGGAUGAUUUGAUUCCAUUCUCACUAGGACCAAGAGAUUGUCUUGGAAAACGUAUGGCACUAAUAGAAAUUAAGGUCAUUCUCGUUUUCUUAUUAAAACAAUUCAGGUUGAAAGUUCCAGAUCAUUUGAAAGAAUCUCAAUCAAAAAUUAAGGAAGGUUAUUUCAUGACAAGAACAACAGACUCUCCAUUCAUUCUUGAUUUUGAAACUAGAUAA